AUGGCUUGUGGACCCAAGAAGCACCUGAAGCGCGGAGCUGCUCCAAAUCAUUGGAUGCUGGACAGACUCACUGGUGUACUUGCUCCUCGUCCAUCCACUGGUCCCCACAAGCUGAGAGAAUGUCUCCCACUGAUCAUUUUCUUAAGAAAUAGACUUAAGUAUGCUCUGACUGGAGAUGAAGUUAAGAAAAUUUGCAUGCAGCGGUUCAUUAAGAUUGAUGGCAAGGUCCGAACUGAUAUAACCUAUCCUGCUGGCUUUAGGGAUGUCAUCGCCAAUGACAAGACCGGAGAGAAUUUCCCUCUGAUCUAUGACACCAAGGGUCGCUUUGCUAGUCAUCGUAUUAAACCUGAGGAGGCGAAGUACAAGUUGUGCAAAGUAAGAAAGAUGUUUGUGGGCACAAAAGGACUCCCUCACCUGGUGACACACGAUGCUCGCACCAUCAGCUAUCCCGAUCCUCUCAUCAAGGUGAAUGACACCGUUCAGAUUGAUUUGGAAACUGGAAAGAUUACUGGUGUGAUCACUAAUAGAGAGAAGCACCCUGGCUCUUUUGAUGUGGUUCAUGUGAAAGAUGCCAAUGGCAAUAGCUUUGCCACCUGGCUUUCCAACAUUUUCGUUAUUGGAAAAGGCAAGAAACCCUGGAUUUCUCUUCCCUGA